AUGCCAAAACGAAAUUUAUGCCAGCAAUGCAAAUCAUAUGAUGUGGGGGCUGAAGAUCCACAGGAUAAGAAGUGGUACUGCAACUCAUGCUGGUCAGCCUACAACGACAAGAACAGUAAUAAUAAUAAUAAUAAUAAUAAUAAUAAUAAUAAUAAUAAUAAUAAUAAUAAUAAUAAUAAUAAUAAUAAUAAUAAUAAUAAUAACAAUGAUAUCAAUAACAACGGCAGUAAUAACAAUAAUAAUAAUAACAAUAGUGGUAUUAGUGGUAGUAGUGGUACGGUGAAAGCAUCUCCUCAUAGUGGAGAGAGAAAAGUACAGAAGAGUCGGCAACAAAAACAACAACAACAACAACCACCGAAACAAAACCAACAACGUAAAGAGACGAAUCUCUUGUUGAAUUUGAGUAGUGAUGCUUUAAAUGUUAUUAACCGACUGCAGGGAAUGAUAGCAAGCUGCACACAACAUCGUUCCCGCUCUGCAAGUAACGUAACGAGUCUUUUAGAAGAUUUAUCGAUGAUAAAGGCAGACGAAGAAAACCAUAAUAGUAAUCAACACCAACGAGAACAACAACAACAACGUAUGAGUUCCUUUGUUGGACAGUUCAUGCAACGACAACAGUCUAUUGUAGUCUCUACCCACUCCGGUGAGCCUCUCUCACCAAGAGGUGAUCGCGUAGGAGGUGUGGUUCGCUCUGCAUAUCAGGAGAACCGCAAAGUACCACUAGAUUUACUCUUAUCUAGUGUAGAUGAUAUUGUUUCACAGAUAUAUGUAUACUUUGAUGAAGACAUGACACGAAUUAUUCUAAACGCGCUGGAUAGAAUUACAUCUUGUGAUACGCAGAACCAACGAGAUGCGAUGCGUGUACGUGUAAUUGAUGAACUUUUACAAACUCUCGGUGAUGAACAUUACGAUCUUCUUCAAUGUGUAAUGCAUCGACCACGAGAUAUUUUUCUUCGACUCCUGGAAGAAUUCUGCACACUUGAGGAUGAUGAUGAUAACAACAACAAUAAUAAUGGUAAUAGUAGUAGUAGUGGUAGUACUUCCGCCUCACCUCAACAUGCCUUAACGGUUCGUUUUGUAAAAACUGCUAAACAACGUGCCUUGGCGCGUGAAGUGGCAUUUGCACAGAAUGGUGAGAUUGUAGAUCAACGUUGGUUAGCACAUAUGCAACAACGAUAUCGUCAACUUAUGCGGGAAUCUGAAUUAGAUCAAAUCUUUAAACGUGAUCUUAGUGUUGUUGGCUCUUCUAUGCCAAGGGGUGCCACUCUACUACAGAAGAAGGAUCACAUUCGUAUUCAUGUUCCACCGCCUGAUCAAAAGAUAUUACCAGAAGCCCAACGUGUUUGUAUUGCUACUUCCUUACCAGAAUGGACACAUGCAGCUUUUCAAAAAAUUACACAUUUAAAUACAAUUCAAUCAACUCUCUUUCGAACGGCAUUUCAUACAUCUCAGAAUAUGUUAGUUUGUGCCCCUACAGGUGCAGGUAAGACUGUCUGUGCCCUGUUAGUAAUGUUACGUUGUAUAGAGGAACACUUUGAAAAUGGAAAACUCGAUCGUAACUUUAAAAUUAUCUUUAUUGCUCCUAUGAAGGCACUUGCACAAGAAAUGGUAGAGAACUUCUCACGCCGAUUAGCACCUUUUGCAAUGGAAGUUCGUGAACUCACAGGUGAUAUGCAAUUAACAAAGCGUGAAGUUGCCCAAACACAGGUUAUCGUUACAACACCAGAGAAAUGGGAUGUCAUUACACGUAAACAAAGUAAUGAAGAUCUUGUACAACAAGUUCGAUUAAUUGUAAUUGAUGAAAUUCACUUAUUGAAUGAAGAUCGUGGACCUGUACUAGAAGCUAUAGUGGCUCGUACACUCCGUCAAAAUGAAGUUCAAUCCGAUCAACAACAACGACCUAUACGUCUUGUGGGUCUUUCCGCUACACUUCCAAACUAUAAGGAUGUGGCUAACUUUCUACGUGUAGAUCUUGAAGAGGGAUUGAAAGUGUUUGGCCCCGAGUACCGACCAGUACCACUCGAACAGACAUUUAUAGGUUUGCAAACAGGGACAAAGAAUAAGGAAGAACAAUUGGAUUGGCUUGCAUAUAAGGAAGUAGUAAGAAAUGUGCGAGAGGGACAUCAAGUAAUGGUAUUUGUUCAUUCACGUAAACAAACGAUUGGAUUGGCAAAGUACUUUAUGGAAGAGGCAACCAAACAUGGACAAGAAGGACUCUUUAAACCAAAUAGUACGAUUCCAACAGAGGCAACAAAACGAGGACGCAAUUUACAAGGACGUGAUCUUUCUUCUCUUUUUGCAGCUGGUUUUGGAGCUCAUCAUGCAGGUCUUAUUCGUCAUGAUCGUACGGCAACAGAAAGUUUAUUUCGUGAUGGUUAUAUAAAAGUACUUGUCUGUACGAGUACACUUGCAUGGGGUGUAAAUUUACCAGCCCAUACUGUUAUUAUUCGUGGAACUCACCUCUAUGAUCCUAAACGUGGUGGUCUUGUUCAUAUCUCUGUGUUGGAUGUUAUGCAGAUAUUUGGUCGUGCGGGUAGACCACAGUAUGAUACGAGUGGUCAUGGUAUUAUUGUAUCGGAUGAGAAGGAUGUUGGACACUAUUUACGUUUACUUGCAAAUGCCCUUCCUAUUGAAAGUCAAUUACAAAAGGGUCUCUGUGAUCAUCUUAAUGCGGAGAUUCACGCUGGAACUAUUUCUUCUAUUGUAGAAGGAUCUAGGUGGUUGGAAUACACAUAUAUGUGGCAACGUGUAAGGGUAAAUCCAUUAUUGUAUGGAUUAAAGAUUGCGGAUGUACGACGAGAUCCAAAACUUAAAACUGUACGAUAUGAACUUGUAAGUAAAGCUGCAGAAGAAUUAGCAAAUGCUGGUAUGAUUCGAUAUAAUCCAGAAACAGGUGCGGUAGAUACUACAGAUUUAGGUAGAAUAGCAAGUCAUUACUAUAUUUCUCAUGAAUCUAUUGGAACCUUUAAUAUGAAAAUGCGACGUCCAGAUGAAACAUGGAUUGAUAGUUUAGAUAUGGGAGCUGCUAUGAAUAUUGUAGCCUGUGCGAAUGAGUUUUCACAACUUCGUGUAAGACAAGAGGAAUUGGAUGAAUUAAAAAAAAUUCACGCCGCAUUACCAAAACAAGUUCAACGUUAUGCUAUAGUUGGUGAAAGUGCAGAUGAGACCAGUGUGGAAUGGAAGGUGACAACACUUAUGAAGGCUUAUAUUAGCCGUAUGCAUGUUGAGAUGCAUUCUCUUGCCUCAGAUGUAAACUAUGUGGUUCAAAAUGCACCUCGAAUUGCACGUGCACUCUUUGAAAUAGAAAUGCAAAGAGGACAUCCAUUAUCCACAGCAGCAUUUCUUUCCCUUUGUAAAUGUUUAGAACAACAAUGUUGGGAAUUUCAACACCCACUUUUACAAUUUAAUGUUGAUUUUACAGAUGCGGUUCGAAUUCGACUGGAAACCAAACGACCAACAAUGACAACUUUACAAGAGAUGACGGCGAAAGAAAUUGGAUCACUUGUACACAAUCAACGUUUUGGAGCUGUGAUUGCUAAUUUAGUGGCAUCAUUUCCAUCUGUAGAAUUGGCUGUAGAUGUUCAACCGGUUACUCGUACUAUUUUACGUGUGAAGGUAACUAUUACCGCAACCUUUACUUGGAAUAGUCGAUAUCAUGGUUCUAAUGAACAGUUUUGGUUAUUAGUGGAAGAUCAGGAUAAUCAUUUUAUCUUUCAUCAUGAAAUGGUUUCAUUAAAACGCAAAGAUGUAGAGGCAGGAAUACCACAAGUGGUGAAUCUCUCUGUUCCUAUAGUUCCCGAGUACGAUAUGUACUCUGUACGACUCUAUAGUGAUCGUUGGCUUGGUUGCCGUGAAGAUUAUACCUUUUCUAUUGCCCAUUUACAUUUACCAGAUGAUACACAAACUACUACACGUCUUUUACAACUUGCCCCUCUUCGUCUUGAAGUUAUUCCAUCUAUAUAUCAUCCAAUCUAUGAACGAUAUCCACAUUUUAAUGCUGUCCAGACACAAGUAUUUCAUGCUAUGUUUCAUACAGAUAGUAGUAUCUUUCUUGGUGCCCCAACAGGAAGUGGAAAAACAGUGGCAGCAGAAAUGGCUAUAUUACGUGUAUUUGAAAAUUACCCACCAGGAUCCAAAAUUGUCUAUAUAGCCCCAUUAAAAGCACUUGUAAAGGAACGUGUAAAAGAUUGGUCCACACGUUUUGAUAAAUGUCUGGGUAGACGUGUAGUAGAACUUUCUGGGGAUGUCACACCGGAUAUCACCGCACUUGUCCAGGCGGAUAUUCUCUGCACAACACCAGAGAAGUGGGAUGGUCUUUCACGUAGUUGGCAAGUACGUCGCUACGUAACGGCGGUUCGUCUAGUUAUCUUUGAUGAGAUUCAUAUGCUUGGCACAGAUCGUGGACCUAUUCUAGAAGUAAUUGUAAGUCGUAUGCGGUAUAUUGGUUGGCAUCGAAAGGCACCUAUUCGUCUCAUUGGACUUUCUACAGCUGUUGCGAAUCCAUCGGAUCUCAGUUCAUGGCUUGGUGUACAAGAGAAGUGGGCAAUAUUUAAUUUUGAUCCUUCUGUACGUCCAGUACCCAUGCGAGUUUAUAUUGCUGGUUAUCAUGGUAGAAACUAUUGUCCUCGUAUGGCGGCAAUGAAUAAACCAAUGUAUAAUGCGAUCUGUGAGAAGAGUCCAGAUAAACCGGUUAUUGUAUUCGUCUCAUCACGACGACAAACACGAUUAACAGCUAUGGCUCUUAUUGGAUUUUUAUUGGUAGAACAAAAUACAGCAAAAUUUGUACGAAUGGAUGUGGAAGAGGUGGCGGCACUUUCUGCACGUGUGAGUGAUCCAUAUGUUAAACAUUGUAUGCAAUUUGGUGUUGGGGUUCAUCAUGCCGGUUUACUGGAAGGGGAUCGCACCGUCGUUGAAAAUGCCUUUCUCUCUGGUAAACUACAAAUACUAGUAGCCACUUCUACAUUAGCAUGGGGUGUUAACUUUCCUGCACAUAUGGUAGUGGUAAAAGGUACGGAAUAUUAUGAUGGAAAAACAAAGACUUAUAUAGAUUAUCCAAUUACGGAUGUACUGCAAAUGAUUGGAAGAGCUGGUCGUCCACAAUUUGAUACGGAAGGUGUAGCUCAAGUACUCUGUCAUGAACCUAAAAAGGGAUUUUAUCGUAAAUUUCUCUACGAUCCAUUUCCUGUUGAGAGUGCUCUACACAAACAGUUACAUGUACACAUAAAUGCUGAAAUUGUGGCUGGUACUAUUACUACACGACAAGAUGCCGUAGACUAUUUAACAUGGACUUAUUUAUUCCGACGACUUGUAAAGAAUCCAUCUUAUUACGGUCUGGAAGAUCGAUCUCCCAAGUCGGUUACUAUAUUUCUUUCUACUCUUGUUGCCAACGUUCUUGAUGAACUCGAGGCUUGUGGAUGUAUUGAAUCACCACACUGUGAAGAUGAUGAUUAUGAUAAUAAUGAUGAUAACAAUAAUGCGGCUAGUGGUGGUGGAGGAGGUAUUUAUGAUGAAAGGAGAAGAGAAAAAAGGAUGGAUGAUGAUAAUAAUAGUAAUAGAGAGCGAGAUCCUAAUGCCUUGACGUAUACAGUUCUCGGAAAACUUUGUUCUUAUUACUAUCUCUCACACAAGACGGUUCACUACUUUGAUGUGCAAAUCCAUGCAGGAAGUUCUCAGGUGGAUGUGUUAAAAGCAUUAUGCGCAGCAGAGGAGUUUAAUGAACUUCCUGUGCGACACAAUGAAGAUAAACUCAAUCUUAUGCUUAGUCAAACUCUACCACUUGCAAUUAACCCAAAUAAUGCAGAUUCCCCACAUGUGAAGGCCUUUUUACUCUUUCAAGCCCAUUUUGAAAGAAGUGCAUUACCCAUUUCAGAUUACUAUACAGAUCAAAAAACAGCUUUAGAUAAUGCGGUUCGUAUUAUUCAAGCAAUGGUAGAUAUCACCGCUAAUAAUGGACACUUGUAUGCAUCUCUACGCUCCAUGGCAUUACUACAGUGUAUGGUUCAAGGUCUAUGGUGGUAUUCACAUACACUUUUGCAAAUUCCACACAUUACUGAAGCGAUGUUGCCUAUCAUUUCAUCCCAUUGUGGAAAUAUAGAGCAUGCAGCUCAAAUUGCAAAUGCACCACUUGCAACUCUACAAAAACUACAAGAUGUUUUACGUGAUAAGUGUGAACUCACUCCAGUACAAGUGCGGGAGGCGAUGAAUGCGGUCUGUGGGUUUCCUCUCAUUGAUGUGCAAAUUCAUCUUGCCCGCGUUAAUCAAAACAAUAACAUCGAUACGAAAUCUAAUGAUAAGGGUGGAAAGCCAUAUCUUCAUCAAGGACAAAAAGAAGUAUCCAUAGAUACAAAAGAAGAAGAGGAAGAAGAAGAGGCGGAGUAUGAGUUAACCGUGUAUAUGACUCGACUUUCCGUGGCUGGAAAACAUGUUGUUGCCCCUCGUUUUACCAAACCAAAGGAUGAACAGUAUUGGAUCAUUAUAGGAAAUGAAAAUACAGGCGAGUUGAUUGCAAUGAAACGUGUGAAUCGCCUCCAAUCACACACCUCCGCAACACUGCGUUUUGAUUGGGAUGAUGAUUGGAUGGACUUUGCGGAACACAACAUGGUAAAACUGAACGUAUACCUUGUAUGUGAUUCUUACAUUGGAAUGGAUCAACAGUAUAGCUUCAACGUGCCCGUACCUUCCCAUUAA